CUGUGGGGCUGUCAUAGCUUUUUAUAAAAUUAUGUAAAGCAUAAAAAUAAACACCCUGCAUAAAAAUCAUUUCCCUGUGUGCCGUCUUCAUUUCAGGUUCCUGUCACACUAUGUGAAUGGAAGGCCGUGGCAGACCAGUUCAGUGCACUGUGGCAGUUUCCACACUGUAUUGGUGCACUGGACGGUAAGCACGUGGUCAUCAUGCCUCCCCACAGCACAGGAGCAAUGUACCGCAACUAUAAAGGCACUUUCAGUGUCGUGCUCAUGGCCCUUGUAGAUGCGGAACUGAACUUUUUGUAUGCCGACAUUGGACGGAACGGCAGGAUGAAUGACAGUGGAGUGUGGAAUUCCUGCAGCCUGAGGGCAAAACUGGAAAGUUCUCCUUCAGUUCUCCCUCAACCCCAAGCCUUGCCGCACUCUUCCAUGUCAGCCCCUUACGUAAUUGAGGGCGACGAGGGCUUUGGGUUAAAGAAUUAUUUGAUGAGGCCAUAUCCUACAAGGGAGCUGAGCACAGACGCCAGGGUCUUCAACUACAGGCUAUCUAGGGCACGCCGUACGGCUGAAAACGCUUUCGGAGUCUUGUGCAGCAGAUGGCAGAUCUUCCGGGCUCCUCUGCGCCACUCUCCAGAAAGAGCCACCGCAAUCAUCAAGGCCACCAUAGUUCUGCACGAUUACCUCCAAACGCAGAGGACUACACGACCGCUCUACCUGCCUCCAGAGAUAGUAGAUAUUGCCACAGGCACCGUUCGUCCGGGUUCAUGGAGACAAGCCGUAAGCAACCAUGGAGCCAUGCGGCCCUUGCCACGACCUGGAGGGAACUGUUCCAACAGUGCGAAAGCUGUCAGGGAACUGUAUACACAGGACUUCAGCAAUGAAGGAUAAGUGAUGCAGCCACACUAGACAUACUACUGACGCCAGCUUUGAGAAGUUCCAGUUUUGCGGCCUGGUAAUUGUCCACUGUUCGCUGCUUUUUACGGCUGCUCCCAGGUCCAUCUACUGCACUGCCUGUGCUGACACUCUCCUCUGGCUGUGCCAGGCCCGUCUUCACUAGUCUCACAGAUGCUGGUGCCCUCUGCUUCAUCUUCAGGAAAAGUGAUUGUGCUCUGUGAGGACUGUGCAUCCUGCCAACAGAAUGUGUUGCAGUACAUGAAUUGUAUAUAUGUAUAUAUGUAUGAUGUUACGAAAAAGAA